CUUGUGGAAACAUGAAAGGAUAUUUAAGUACUGACCGUGCUUGACUAUGUGGACGCCUUAGUGAUCAUGGUGGUCGAACUUGAGACUUGAGGGCGUAGCAGUGACGGUUGACAGUCCGUCGAAUAGAAAGGCCAGUGUGGGCUUAUGUAACCCGUGGAGCUUCGUGCCCGCCGUUGCUGUUUGGAGCUCUUGACUGGACAGCCUCACUCUCUCCUGUACACCCUCCCUCGAUUCCAAGCCUGCCACAAUGGAAGGCCUGUUCUUUAAUGUCAAUGGCGGGUACCUGGAAGGUAUCGUUCGUGGAUACCGAAACAGCCUACUCACUAGCCAGCAUUAUGCGAACUUGACCCAAUGUGAAACGGUAGAUGAUGUCAAGCUCCAGCUCGGCCCUGCAUACGGAGACUUCCUUGCCUCGCUGCCUCCGAACCCUUCCACCUCCGCUCUUGCAGGCAAGAUGACCGAGAAGCUGGUUGCCGAAUUUCGUUAUCUCCAGGCCCAGGCAACAGGUUCAUUCGCCAAGUUCAUGGAGUACCUGACAUACGGAUACAUGAUCGAUAACGUGGCACUAUUAAUUACCGGCACAUUACAUGAAAGAGAUACUCGUGAACUACUUGAGCGUUGCCAUCCUCUGGGCUGGUUCGAGACCAUGCCCGUUCUGUGUGUCGCAACCAACAUUGAAGAGCUUUACAACUCGGUGCUCGUGGAAACACCGCUGGCGCCAUAUUUCAAAGGAAGCUUAAGCCAUCACGAUCUGGACGAACUGAAUAUCGAGAUUGUCCGGAACACACUAUACAAGAACUAUCUAGAAGACUUCUAUAAAUUUGUCACCACAAACCCUGAAUUUAAAGGCACCCCAACACAAGAGGCGAUGUCAGAGAUCCUCGAGUUCGAAGCUGACCGCCGAGCAAUCAAUAUUACCCUGAACUCAUUCGGAACAGAGCUAUCCAAGCAAGAGCGGAAGAAACUCUACCCAGAAUUUGGAAAACUGUAUCCUGAAGGCUCCUUGAUGCUCUCAAGAGCGGAUGACGUGGAGAAUGUUGCUCUUGCCGUUAGCGGAGUAGGUGAUUACAAGACAUUCUUCGAUGCUGUCGGAUUAGCUCAGGGCGGUGGCGGCGGCAUUGGAAACAUGGCUGGUGGAGGGAGUGCCGAUGGGAAGAGCCUAGAAGAUCUAUUUUACCAGAAGGAAAUGGAGCUGUGCAAAAUUGUAUUUACACGACAGUUCACAGUGUCUAUUGUAUACGCUUGGGUGAGGUUACGGGAGCAGGAAAUUCGUAACGUCACCUGGAUCUCCGAGUGUAUCGCCCAACACCAGAAGGAAAGGAUAGGAAACUACAUCUCCGUUCUUUAGGCUCCAAUCGGAGCCCCAUGGCUUAUAUUACAUUCUACAUCUCCUUUAUCUCAACCAAAUUUGAUUCCUUGAAGUUUCCUGGGAAUUGCUAUGAGUCAUUGUAUGUAUGUCGGCGUUAACAAUCGAAAAUUUUAUUCUAAUGUAUUUACAAAUCUUAUUGUGUUUUUCCUUCUGGCAUGAUAGCUAGAUGUUACAUCAUACAUGCACUUGCCACACUAGCAACACUCCCAUGCAUAUUCCACAUUCAUAUCAAAACAUGUUUCAGACUGCAAUGUAAUCUCUCGAACUAAGGAGAUACCAGUCCCUUCUCCCGUUCUAUAAAAAAUGUAGUUGUUUGAUAUUCAAAUACUUGUACAUGGAUCCCGAACUCAGUCGGUUUUGAAAUUUCAUCAUUAAGCCCAGCACCAAAAUGAAAAAUGAAAAAACUCAAAAAUUCAAAAAAAAAAAAAAAAAAAC